UGUCAGGACGCCAUUGUUAUUGUGAAAAUUUUGUUGUGGUGGCUUACAUUGUUGUUUGUCCCUUAAAAUAGCCUGCGAUAUCUCACAAUUAACAUCAGGAUAAAUCAUUCAUGUGUAUAUAUCGUUCAAUAAAUUGAACGGAAUUGAAAAGUCAUAAUGGGUCUUAUUUGUUCUACAGCGCAGCUUGCUUGCCUUUGUGGGAGCACAGCUUGUAGCUUCUGUUGCUCCCAAUGUCCAACAUGUCGCAACAGCACAAGUACUCGUAUUAUGUAUGCAAUGUUAUUAAUGCUAGGAACAAUAGCUGCCUGCAUUACAUUAGCACCUGGUUUACAGGAUGCACUUAAGAAGGUACCAUUCUGUACCAACAGUACAAAUUAUGUUCCAUCAAAAUUCACUGUUGAUUGUGAAUCUGCUGUUGGAUAUUUAGCAGUAUAUAGAAUAUGUUUUAUUAUAGCUCUAUAUUUCUUUUUGAUGUCAGUCAUGAUGAUAAGAGUAAGAAGCUCCAAAGAUCCUCGAGCACCUAUACAAAAUGGAUUCUGGGCCAUUAAAUAUCUUUUAAUAAUUGGUGGAAUUAUUGGUGCAUUUUUCAUACCUGAAAAAUCAUUUGGAAUAACAUGGAUGUAUUUUGGAAUGAUAGGUGGUUUUCUUUUUGUUAUUAUUCAAUUAAUCCUUAUUGUUGAUUUUGCCCAUUCAUGGGCAGAGGUUUGGGUCACCAAUUAUAAUGAGACUGAAUCAAAAGGAUGGUAUGUUGCACUUUUGGGAGCUACAUUGUUUAAUUAUGCUGUUUCUAUUACCGGAAUUGUUUUACUUUUCAUAUACUUUACACAUGCAAAUAGUUGUGGAUUGAACAAAUUUUUCAUAUCUUUCAACCUAAUCUUGUGUAUAAUUGCUAGUAUUAUAUCAACUCUUCCACAAAUACAAGAAUAUCAACCACGAUCUGGUCUUCUUCAAUCAUCUGUUGUUUCCUUGUAUGUUGUUUAUUUAACUUGGAGUGGAAUUUCAAAUAGCCCAGAUCAUGAGUGCAAUCCUGGAUUCUUCGAAAUAAUUUCUGGCAAUGAUCCUGCUGCUCGAAAUCGAGUUGCUUUUGAUAAAGAAAGCAUUAUUGGUUUAAUUAUCUGGUUCAGCUGCGUACUGUAUAGUUCUUUACGUACUGCAUCCGAGUCAUCAAAACUUACAUUUUCUGACAAAGUAUUGGUCGAGGAUAAUGGAGCUGUCAGAAAUGCAGGAGACCAGAGUCUUAUCGACCAUGAAGAUUAUACUCCGGUAGAAGGUCGCAAUCCUGAUUCAGAACCUGGAAAUGAGGCUAAAGUUUGGGACAAUGAAGAGAACACAGUUGCUUACAAUUGGAGUUUCUUCCAUCUGAUGUUUGCUCUUGCCACUUUAUAUGUUAUGAUGACUCUUACCAAUUGGUAUCAACCAAACUCCAAUUUGGAUACCUUGAACUCUAAUGCUGCUUCAAUGUGGGUAAAAAUUAUAUCUUCCUGGAUGUGUUUAGGUCUGUAUGUUUGGACACUGAUUGCUCCUGCAGUAUUAACAAAUCGAGAGUUUUCUUAAAUACACAACUUUCAACUUGGAAGAUAAUUAGCAGUUUUUACAAUGCCCUGCAUAAUUAAAACUUUGUUAUAAGACUUUCAUCUAUUGAAAGAUGAUAUUGUAAGUAUAUAGG